AUGCAGUUGACUUCAUAUGGCCUCACUUUAUCGCAACAAUGGAAGACUUUUCUUGUACCGGUCCUGCUGGUUUACAUCUUGCUUGUUCAUCUCCUCCGAGAUCGAAGGGCCAAAAGUCUAGAGAGGAGGUUCAGUCCUGCCGGCAGGGCAUCCUUCUGCCGCAUGACUACAGAUGAUGCUCAGGCGAUAUUGAAGGACUUAACUGAGUUGGAAUUCCCUAAGUUCUUCGGAUUCUCCAUCAUCUUUGCGCUUUUCAAGACAUACGGAAUACCAAGCGUGUCCUCCCUUCUCGUUGCUACUGGGCAGCUUGUAGAUGUCGAAACGGCAUCCAAACGAAUAGCAGACACCGGAGUCCUGCUGUUAGAGUUCGCACUCAACGAGCCAACAUCCGAGAGAGCCACCCAAGCAAUAGCUCGCAUGAACUACUUGCAUGCAGGUUAUCAAAAGGCUGGAAAGAUCACGAACGAUGAUAUGCUGUACACCUUAAGCUUGUUCGCUUUAGAGCCGGCGAGAUGGGUUAGAAAGUACGAGUGGCGAAAGUUGACGGAGCUAGAACUUUGUGCUUGCGGAACCUACUGGAAGAGCAUGGGCGAUGCUAUGGAUAUAUCAUACUCGAUCCUGCCUUCGUCAAUACCUGGGUGGAAGGACGGACUACAAUGGUUGGACGAGGUGGAAGCAUGGAGCUUAAGAUAUGAGGAGGCAUACAUGGUCCCUGCUGUUACUAAUAAACAGCUAGCUGACUCUCAUUUGGAGAUUAUUUGCAUGAAUGUUCCAGCUAGAUUGCUAAACCCUUGCAAGAAAUUGAUCUCUGUAAUCCUAGGGGAAAGACUACGGACGGCCAUGAUGUAUCCUGAGUCCCCUCAGGUGUAUCACACCAUAAUUAAUGGCGUACUGGGAGUCCGAAAGCUACUGCUCCGUUAUCUCGCCCUUCCUCGCCCUGAAAUGAUGAGGAAGCACUACAUUCCCUCGGGACCAGAUCAAUCCACUGGACGUUACAAUGCUGUCGAGUAUUUAUCCUAUCCGUGGUAUGUUGAGCCAACUUUCUCAACGCGCUGGGGCCCAAGGUCCUGGAUUACUCGCCUUGUGGGUCGCAAAUUACCAGGCGAUGAUGGAAACAAAUAUCUUCCUGAGGGUUGGACUCAUACUGAGAUCGGGCCGAAAGCUUUGAGGGGCAAAGGUAUCGAAUACAUGGAAGAGGAUCGCAAACGACUAAAUUCCCGAAAACGAGGUGGCUGCCCAUUUGCGUUGGGCUAA